UGUCGUCUGCUAACGGAGCAGCUGAAGCCGACCGUUUUCAGAGAGACGAAAAUCAGCCAUGAAUGCCGAGUACAAGUUAUGCUGGCAUGAUAACGUCGUGUACAAGUUGAAGUUUGUCUGGCCAACGGAAUCCUCGAAACUACCGCGCCAUGAAAUGCUGGAUACCAUACAAGCUGUGGUAAAGAUGGCGCGCACAGGACCCAUCCUUCCAAAAGUUUCUACCGACUUAUGUAUUGUAGAGAUUCACCCUAGCCCCUGGAGGCUGAACCAGCAGAUGCAUUUCCAGAGAGGGAACCAGACAUACAAGCUGCACCACCUGCAGUUUGGCCUCCAUUUAUACAAAAAGUGGACAAAGCCACCAAAAGUGAGCUACAGCGCAGACAGCUCCUCGAGCGAUGGUGCCCUUGAGCCCACGCCCCAAAGAACCAAGAGAUCUGCGAGGAAACACUGGGACACACCGAGCCAGUGCCUUUCCCUAGUUCCGAAGAGGCAGAGAACAGACGAAGAGCUCGAGCUGCCCUUUGCGGUACAAGAGUGCAUCAGGAGGCUCAGACGGAGCGACGUCGAACAGAGAUUCACCAUCACAAGCCACAACGUGCCAGAUGUAGUCUGCCGAAAGAUCAACAGACUCUCAGCCUCCGAGGGGGCUGGCAACCACAGCACCAUCAUCAUCCUGGAUGGGAGCGCCCUCGCGAUGGCGCCAAACCCCGUUGGCGCCGUCAAGUUCACCGAGUUUCCACCACACGGCGGGAAUGGACCCAGCCGCGGUCUUCUCGGCUUCGUGGGAAGAAUGCUGUCAGCACCGUUCAGCUACAUUUCCAAGUGGUUUUCGUAAGGCAAGAACGCACCACAGUACAAGAAGACAUUAUACAGCCUUAUUUAUUCAUUGUCUAUUUAAUACAAUUUUAAGCUUUAUGCUCGCUAUCCCAAGCAGGUAAAAAUAAAGCUUUAGUUUCACAAA